CUCAAAAUAUAGAAAUCCCACCACAGAAAAGUGCCAAGUAGGAGUUUAUGAAAUGCAGAAUUUGCCAAUGGGGGAGUGAGGCAAUCUCACCUUAUCCACACUCCAUCCACUACCUUAACCCCACAUCACUUGAUAAACUGUAAUCUCCAUCACCCCAUUUUCCCAUCAUCCCCCCAAAAAAUCUCUCUAAUGGCAGUCAUGAAUUCUGGCGUUUUGGCUUGCAACUACGCCAUCUCCGGCGCCGAGCUCAGCUCGAAAGUCGGCUCUCUGCCGUCCGUUGCCACCCCGGCUCAGAGACUGCCCGUCAUCAGGGCUCAGCAGGCUAGUGAAUCAGGAAGGAGAGCUGCCCUUUUCGGCCUCGGCGCCGCCCUCUUCACCGCCGUUGCUGCCACCUCCAACGCCAAUGCCGGCGUCAUCGAUGACUACCUGGAGAAGAGCAAGGCUAACAAGGAACUGAAUGACAAGAAGAGGCUUGCCACCAGCGGCGCAAACUUCGCACGCGCCUACACCGUUCAGUUCGGCACGUGCAAGUUCCCCGAGAACUUCACCGGCUGCCAAGAUCUUGCCAAACAGAAGAAAGUUCCAUUCAUUAGUGAAGAUCUGGCGUUGGAGUGCGAAGGGAAGGACAAGUACAAGUGUGGUUCAAAUGUGUUUUGGAAAUGGUGAAAUGUAUAUGAGCUAACUACACUUAUUCCACAGCGUGUAUCUAUUUUGUGCUUCAAGGAAUUCAUUUUCUGAAA